GCAUCUCCAAUACAUCUUGGAUCACUCUUGCUCUCUUGUGGAUCUUCAAUUGAGGUCAGCAGCCAACUCAAGAUGUCUCAAACCCAACUGGAAGCAGCCUUUGUUACUAUCGCAAAGAUUUUCCUCCAAUAUUCUGUGCAUGUUGGGGAUUUUGACACCCUCAGCAAAAAGGAGAUGGCUGAGCUGAUGAAAAACGAGCUUCCAAACUUCCUGAAGGAUAAAAAGAACCCAAAGGCCAUUGAUGAAAUGUUCAAUGAUCUGGACAGGAACAAAGAUGGCCAGGUCAGCUUUGAAGAAUUCACCGUCUUAGUCCAGAGGGUGCUACUUGCUUCCAAUGAACCCAUUGAUGAAGAAGGCCAUGAGGGACACGCCCACAACUAAGCCCCAAGAGUGAAGCCAGCUCGUUGUGCCAAUCAACACAGCUUCAUCAAUGACCCCUCAACCCUGUUCUCUUCCAUACCUGUGGGUCAGGCCAAUUUGUCAAAAUAAAACUUUCUUCCAAAG